AUCCUUUCUUACAAGUCAUGGAGACCCCGGUAGUUAAAAUGUCCGACGAGGAGCUCAAAACGGUUUACGAGCCUUCUGAAGAUUCGUAUCUUUUAAUAGAUGCCCUGGAAGCAGAUUUGAAGACUCUGCAUGCGACAAAGCCAGGGAUUUGUUUAGAGAUAGGUAGUGGAUCUGGUGUAGUUAUCACCGCUCUGGCACUGGCACUAAAGAGACACCAUAACGUCCACUUUAUUGCGAUUGAUAUAAAUCCUGACGCAUGUAGGGUCACGAAAAGAACUAGUCUGAUUAAUUCGGUCGACGUAGAUGUUCUCCAGAUGAAUUUGUUAGAUUGCGUACGAGCUCGGCAUAAGUUCGACGUUAUUUUAUUCAAUCCCCCGUACGUAGUUACAGAACACGAGGAAGUAUUAGACGAUAGACUUGUAUUUAGGACUUGGGCAGGUGGCAAAAAUGGUAGGCAAGUUAUGGAACGGGUGUUCGCUACUAUCCCCGAAAUCUUGUCGGACACAGGAUUGUUUUAUUUAGUUGUUGUCAGAGAAAAUGAUCCUGAGUACAUCUUGAGUGCUUUUCAAGAAUUGAAUAUGUUGGGCGAAACUGUUCACGAACGAAAAGUGAGAGGAGAGCACUUGUACGUUUUACGUUUUCGUAAAAUGAAGGAAAUGAGAAGUUAACAAUCAUGUCAAGGCUGUCACGGAUGUCAGCAUCCACAUAGAACAUUGUAAAAGUUCUUAAUUCCGUGAGAAGAAGAAGAAGGCAUUAUUUCAUUGAUCGUAUACUAGGUCUAAAUAAUACUUAUGGUGAUUAAUUGCAGAGGACUACGUUUAUUUAAAUCAUAUUAGCUUGCACUGUGUAGAUAGCUGUAAUAUCAUUUAUGUUACUUGUAAACUAUUGUUAUGUAAUAUAUAUAUAUAUAUAUAAUUGUCAUCAAUA